AUGGCGACCUCAGAAGAAUCCAAGAAGCGUAGCUACGUCUUCUUCGACGUCACCAUCGGCACCAAGCCUGCCGGUCGUAUCACUUUCGAGCUAUACAACGACGUCGUCCCCAAGACCGCCGAGAACUUCCGCGCGUUAUGUACGGGCGAGAAGGGCGUCGGCAAGUCGGGAAAGCCCCUCCAUUACAAGGGCAGCAUCUUCCACCGUGUCAUCAAGCAAUUCAUGAUCCAGGGUGGUGACUUUACCGCUGGCGACGGAACCGGCGGCGAGAGUAUAUACGGCGAAAAGUUCGAGGAUGAAAACUUCGAGCUCAAGCACGAGCGUCCAUUCUUGCUUAGCAUGGCCAAUGCUGGCCCUGGCACCAACGGCUCUCAAUUCUUCAUUACGACCGUCCCUACACCACACCUCGACGGAAAGCACGUUGUAUUCGGUGAAGUCAAGUCAGGAAAGUCGGUGGUAAGGCAAAUUGAGAACCUGCGCACCAACAACGACAAGCCCGUGAAGGACGCCGUGAUCGCGGACUGCGGUGAGCUCUCCGGCGCCGCCGCGCUGGUAUCCGACGUUAAGGCCCCGGAUGCCUACGGCGACCAGUACGAGGACUUCCCCGAGGACGAGGCCGAUCAGCCGCUCUCGGCCUCGCGCGUGCUCCAGAUCGCCUCCGACUGCAAGGAUUUCGGCAACAAGGCGUUCAAGGCCGGCGACGUGCUCGGCGGCCUCGAGAAGUACCAGAAGGGCCUACGCUACCUCAACGAGGAGCCCGAGGUCAAGGACGACGAGAAGGACUUGCGCCAGAAGCUCGACGCCCUGCGCUUCACCCUCAACUGCAACUCGGCACUGCUUAACCUGAAGCUCGAGGCCUGGGACGAGGCGCAGCGCACCGCCAAGGCCGCUCUCGACGUCUCGGGCGUUUCCGACGCGGAGCGUGCCAAGGCGCUGUACCGCCAGGGCCUGGCGCUCGUCAAAUUAAAGGACGAGGACGCGGCCCUCGCGGCCCUCGAGCAGGCUAAGAAACUGGUCCCCAACGACGCUGCUAUUACAAAGGAGCUAGAGGCGGUUAAGAAGCAAGCUGCUGCUCGCCUAGCUAAGGAGAAAGCUGCGUACAAGAAGUUCUUCUCGUGA